AUGAAACCAGCAGCACUUUCCAUCAAGGCCAGGUAUUGGAAGCAGUCAGAGAAGAUGGAUUUGCGACAAUUGGUGUUGGCAGCACAGUCUGCUGGCAAGAUAGAGCGAGAAUCUGCAGAACAGUCGCUGUUGGAGGCGUGCAGGGCGGACCCGGCUGCGGUAUGCGUUGGGCUGGUCAAGAUGGCCACGCAGGAAAACACGGAGCUUGCCAGCAGGCAGUUUUGCCUGUACACUCUGCGCAAGCUGAUCACGAUGUACUGGAACGCGGGGUUUGAAUCGUACUGCGGACCGCCGGGAGUGCGGGAGGACGCGAAGGAGACGGUGCGCGACGCGCUGCUGCGGAUGGCGGUGAGCAGGACACAAGAUUCCAAGAUCAUCAGUGCGAGCGCAUACUGCGUGGUGCAGAUUGCGGCGGUUGACUUCCCAGACGAAUGGCCGGGGCUGCUGAAGUCGGUGUAUGAGUCGAUCACAGGGGAGCGGUCGCUGGCCGCGCUGGGGCUGCUGCACGAGAUCUUCGACGACGUGGUGUCGGAGGAGAUGUUUUUCCAGGGCGGUGUGGGCUGGCAGACGAUCCGGAUCAUCUUCGAGCUUCUGGGGGACGAUGGCCCUGUGGCGCUCAAGGACGCGGCGAUGAAGCUGUACCACUCGUGUCUGCUUCAGCUGGCGGCGCCACAGGCACUGGAGGAAGCCGACACACGGGCGGCAGUGGGCGCGCACGUGCACGAGGCGCUUGAGCUGUUUGCGCAGUUGUUGGAGCACUGCCGCAGCUUGGAGCCGCACGCCGACCUGUUACAGUUCCAGGCCCAUACGUACGAGAAUCUGGUGCUGAUAAAGACACAGCUUCCAAAGCGGUUUUUCCCUGGCGCCUUGCGGGAAGCGCUACUAGACGCUGUUUUGCGGGAUCUUGUCCUUCUCGGUGCGUACUACGAGCAGCAUCUCGCCGAGGGGGACGAGGAGCUGCUCAAGGCAGUUGCGGAGUCUGCAAUACAUAUGGUCAUUUUUCUGUCCUCUGUCCACGAGUGCAAGCUCAAUACGGAGCGCAUGUGCAUGCUUUUGGGAUCCCUGGCACGCCUCAGCUGCCUCAGCGCUAUCCAGACAGAGGCGUGGGAUGUCGACUACAACAGUUUUAUUAGCAAGGAAACUGGUCUGACAAGCUCGUACACCCCUCGGGACGAGAUCUUUCAAUAUCUCAGUGACCUGGGUGGGCAUAACUACCGCGAAUUCCUGCGCGUGCUCUUUGAGCAGCUUCUACAGGUGGAGUCAAUGGCGUGGCGGAGUCAGGAGUCUUUGUUGUUUCUGCUCCAGAGCUGCCAGUUGAACAGUGAGGGUCCUCAGUUCGACGAGCAAACUGUUGCUGGCUUGCUGGAAAAAUCGCAGAGGCUUCUGAGGUCUGGAGAUGUCCACCCACUGGUGCGGUGCAGGGUCGCGAUGACCGUCCCCAGACUACUAGAGAAAUACAUGGAUUCCUUGCCGAACGUUAAAGAUCUUGUUAGAGAAUUUGUCUUCCUUACUUUUAACACUACUGUGACUUCUGAAAAUCAACUACUAAGUGCUAGUGCACUCAUCGCAUUCACUUACUAUUCCUCGUUUGUCGACUUCGGCUCAGUGCUGGGUGUGCAGACUGCAGAGGAACUAGAAAAAUUGGUGUUGAGUACAAUAAAGAACAUUCUCGAUGGCAUCGAUGAGGAUACCCCGGGCUUCCUUUUAGAAGUCCUAUCAGGUGUUACCGGCUGCAACAAGGAGAGUCGGAACAGGGAAUUGAAGCUCUCUGAGCUACAACUUGUUCUGAAUGUGGCUACUGCCGAUCCAUCAAAUAUCCAAGUGGUGGUAGAGGCACAGGAGUGUCUCAAGAACUUGCUGCAAUAUGACCCUGAAAACUACCUCCAAUAUGCCGAAUUAUGCAUCCCGUCUUUCUUAGAGGUGCUAAGGGCCGACAGUUCGCACGGAUACGCCUACACGCCACUUGUCUCGCUAUCCCUAGAGCUACUGGUCGUUUUCAUGAGGAAAAAGCCAGUUGACAGUGCUCUGCCGCGGUCAAUGGUCGACUAUAUCUUUGAUCCACUUUCUUCCAUGCUGCUGAAUGCGGAGGACGACGAGCUGCUUCAGCUUUCAACAGAGGCAUUUACUGCUCUUCUUGCCAGUUCUCUAACUGAUGACCUAUUGGGGAGGAUCCCGGUCAUUAUCACGAUCCUGGAAAAGCUACUGUCUGCCAGAACGUCUCACUCCGCAGCUAUCAACGCAGGUACUCUGCUAAUUGCGGUUUUGACGAAAUUUGCGAAUCAGAUCCAGGAUAUCAUGCCCAAAAUCCUUGAAGCCGCUGCAAAGCGCCUCGUGCAAAUCAAGAAUCUGCACACGGCAGAGAACUUACUCUUCGUAUUUUGCUACCUGACUUCUAUUGAUGCGCGGCAGACAGUGGACUUUCUUUCAUCAACGAUCAUCGAUGAAGGCGGCCGUACCGCCCUCCAGGCUAUCGUUCCGCGUUGGCUAGAAGCAUUCGAGGUUCUCCGCGGAGAACAUAAAAUCAAAGAGAACAUUUUAUCCCUUUCCAAGCUUUUCUUCCUUGAGGAUCCCCGUAUAGCGGGCAUCACGGUCAAUGGGGAUCUGAUUCCCCACGAUGGCGACAUCAUAAUCACCCGCUCCAUGGCCAAGAAAAUGCCUGAUAAGUACACGCAGAUCUCCGCGGCCGAGAAGAUAGUCAAGCUCUUUGUUGCAGAACUAGCCUUCCAGCAAAACCAGCCUGACCCUGGCCGUUACCCUAAAGACGGGUCUGGCCCUGCUGACCCACAUGACUCCGAGGGAGACUCAGCUGAUGAAGACUGGGAGGAUGUCGAUGACAUCCUUGACUACGAAAAAUUGCAGGAGUACGCGGAUGAUAGUGACAUUGACGACACCGGUGACAGCCUUUUAUUCACAAGUAACAUCGAAGAGGAUGUAACCACUCUGCUUACUCAAUUCUUCAAGGAAGCGGUUGCCAGAAAUGCCUCUGGCUUCCAGGAGAUCUAUAGCAGGCUCACUGAACAAGAGAAGAAGAGCCUAUCUGCAUGCAUGGUAUAG